GAGCGGAGCAGGAAGUGUCCCAGGGGAGGGAGCCGGAGCUCUCCGGCCUUUCCUUUCCUGCGCGUCCGGCGGACUCCGCGGCGGCCAGGCUCGGCGGCCCGCCACCGGGGACGCGCCUGGGCGGCGCCUCCGUGGCUCCCACCUCUCCACUCCCGGGCGCAGCCGCGGUGUUUGGAUGAGCCAGGGACGGGAGGGGCCCCUGCGAGGAGCCGGCCCGGCGCAGGAAGGACGCCUGCGAGCGCGGGCUGCAAGGAUGAGGAGCGGCUGCGGGACGCUUCCGCUGCAGCACGACAGAUUCCAGUUAGACGCCGGGCGGGACUUCCAGGCGGUGAGGUCGGACACCGCUGCUCAGGCCUGGCCACCAGCACGGUUGACUUCUGCUCCUGGAUCUGCUCGGAAGGCUCCUCCCAGGCAUGCGCAUCUUUGUCUUUCCAGCUCCUCUUGGAAAGGUCUCAAGGACCAGGACAGCGACUUUGGCUCCAAAGCCUCAAGAUAGCAGCCCCCUGGGCUCCUGCGUCUCAGGUCCUGCCCAGGAGGCCCUGGCCCCCGAAGCCCUGUGCCCCCGAGUCUUGGCUCCAAAGGAAAGCGAGGAGCCCAGGAAAAUGAGGAGCCCACCCGGAGAGAACCCCAGCCCCCAGGGGGAGCUUCCCAGCCCUGAAUCCUCCCGCCGCCUCUUCCGCCGCUUCCGCUACCAGGAGGCAGCGGGCCCCCGGGAGGCCCUGCACCGCCUCUGGGACUUGUGUCGGGGCUGGCUGAGGCCCGAGAGACACACCAAGGAGCAGAUCCUGGAGCUGCUGGUGCUAGAGCAGUUCCUGGCCAUCCUGCCCCGGGAGAUCCAGGGCUGGGUGCGGGCCCAGGAGCCUGAGAGUGGCGAUCAGGCCGUGGCUGCUGUGGAGGCACUUGAGCGGGAGCCAGGGAGACCCUGGCAGUGGCUCAAGCACUGUGAAGACCCUGUGGUGAUCGAUGAUGGGGAUGGCCCUCCAGACCAGGAGCAGGAGCGGCUGCCUACAGAACCCCAGAGCGACCUUGCAAAGGGCCAGGACACCCAGCCCGUGGCGCUGGCACAGGGCCCUGGGCUCCCAAGCAGACUGCAAGGCCAGCUCAGCGGGGAUCCAGUCCUGCAGGAUCCUGGCCUCCUGGACGCGAACCUGAGGGAUGCCCAGCAGGUGACGGCCCUGCAGCUGCCCUCGAGCCGCCUGUCGCCCUUCGAGGACAUGAUCUUCUGCUUCUCACAAGAGGACUGGUCCCUUCUAGAUCCUGCUCAGACGGGCUUCUACGGAGAGUUCAUCAUUGGGGAGGACUGUGGUGUCUCACUGCCUCCAGGUGACCCGGCCACCCAGCUGGCACUUUCCCAGGGGGAGGACAGUGAGCCCCAGGUCCCUGAGUUUCAGGAUCCCCAGGGGAAGGAUGUGGCCCAGGCUUCUUACUUGGACUUUCCGAGUCUUCAGCCAUUCCAGGUAGAAGAAAGACGGAAACGAGACGAGCUCCAGGUGCCAGAGUUCCAGACCUGCCAGCAGAUGGCCCUGGGUCAGAGCACCUGCCCAGCCGGAGGUGACACACUGACGCCUGAGAACGGCCUGGAUGAGGAGGUAACCAUCGAGAUCAUCCUGUCCAGUUCUGGGGACGAGGACUCCCAGCUUGGCCCCUACUGCACGGACGGGUCACCAGGACCCACAGAGAAGCAGCACGGCCUCCCCACGUCGCGUCGGAGUGGUGCCGAGGCUGGCAGCGAGAUGGCGACGUCCUCCUCCAAAAAGUCCUACAUCUGUCCAAACUGCGGGAAGAUCUUCCGCUGGAGGGUCAACUUCAUCCGGCACCUGCGGAGCCGCAGGGAGCAGGAGAAGCCGCACGAGUGCUCGGUGUGCGGCGAGCUGUUCAGUGACAGCGAGGACCUGGAUGGACACCUGGAGAUCCACGAGGCGCAGAAGCCCUACCGCUGUGGUGCGUGUGGGAAGAGCUUCCGUCUCAACUCCCACCUGCUGUCGCACAGGCGCACACACCUGCGCAGGGACCGGGGGAAAGAGCUCGGAGGCUCCGGGGCGGCCAUGGGCUCCGGGGGCGCGGGCCCAGGCGUCCUGCUGGCCCAGGGCGCAGCCGAGCUCAGCGUCCAGUGCUGCGAGUGUGGCAAGGCCUUCCAGCGGCCAGACCACCUGGCGCGCCACCGCAGCAGUGCGCAUGGCGAGGACAGGGCCCGGCCCUUUCAGUGCCGCUACUGCGUCAAGAGCUUCUCGCAGAACUGUGACCUCCUCCGCCACCAGCGUCUGCACAUGAAACGCCGGUCCAAGCAGGCUCUGAACUCCUACUGAGGGGCCCGUUGGCGGGCGCGCAUUCCUCCAGCUGCUCGGUACUGACCUGUCCCGAGGCCCCGGACCCCUCCCGCCACCUCCACCCCCUCUGGACAGAAUCGCCUCUCCUGCCCUUUGCUCUCAGGUAGAAACGAGAUAGCGGCCUACUGAGCAUUUGUUGUCUCUGCUGUGCCAAAAAGCAGGGAGGGCUUGUCUCCGCCGGUCCGGGCACUUCAAGGACCCCCUCCAGUGUUCUGAGAGGGAAGGACUGGGUCGUCCCCGCCGCGUGUCCGUGUGUCCCUUGCCAACACUCCAUGAAUCCCUGACCCACAUCCUCCCCUCCCCACUGAGGUUUGGGAAUUACUGCACUUGUGUGACAGUGGGAAGGCCGGGGUCGCAUGGGGGCGGAGCCUGCCCUGUCCUGGGAAGUCUGGGUGGCCGUGGGGACAGCCCAGCAUUAUCAGGAGCCAAGUGGGCUACGCAGGGACCUCCUGCCCUCUUUUUCGCGGUGCUGUCAGCUUAUGGGGGAACAGAAGCUCACGAAGCAGAGCCCACGUUUUAAGCUGUGUGGCAUGCCCUCCCCAAAAUGCGGUUUCUCCACACUGUGAAGGCCCUUGAUAAGGCUCUUGGUAAAAGGUCGUGGGUUGGGAGUGUGGUUAUCGUCGUGUGCAAGGCACUUGAGUGCCCGUCCCACCCACCGCGUCCAGGAAUGGGAAGCUGGGCCCUCAGUGUCACCUGGGCGAGGCGGGCAGGGGACUUGGGCUCACCUGCUGAUUGUUUUCCUUUACUGGGGCCCAUGGCGUAGAACCACGGACAGGCAUGGUCUCUGUUUUGGAGGCAAAGCCCCAGAUCCGAGUGUCGCAGGACAGAGGACCUGUGUCCUGUUCCCUCCAGCUGGUGCUCGCUGGCAUUGGUGACACCGCAAGACUUGUGGAAGUGUCACCCUGUCUGUGCUACCUUCACAUGGUGUUGUGUACCUGUCUCCAAAUUUCCUUUUUUGUGAGGACACCAACCGUAAGGCCUCUGCUUCUGAGCCCAGAGUAUUCCCACGUCCACCAACGACAGCUGCCAUGGUUUUGUUUGCACGUAAGGUGACACAGACGUUCUGGGGUCCUGGGGUUAGGACCCUACGACUUGUGGGGGUUGCACCCACAGUUCACCCCCUGCCACUAGGUGGUCCUGCUGUGCUGUCCUUCCCAGUUCUCAGAUUUCAGGCCCCAGCGCCUGGGCACAAUAGCCUGGAAAGUCUGCAGCCCUGAUGGUGGCCUGGGAGUGACAGCUGGUAGGGGAGCCUCAGGCAGCAGGGACGGUCCUGAUGUUCUGGAUCGUGAGCAACUAAGACCAGCAACCAGGCAGGUGUUCUGUGUCAUUUAUAUGUCCAGUCCUGUCCCCCACCAGGUACUUCAUCGUCACAUGCAGAUACCACGCCCCCAGACCCCGCGAAAGAGCUAAAAGGUCCUGUAGUUAAGUUCCGUGCCUGUGUAGAUGCACCCCUUGCCUAGGAGCAAGAAGUGCGAGAACACCCUUCGGUCAGACCCUCAACGAUAAAUAAACCUUUGGGGCUCUUCAUUUCUAAAAAGUUGGCCUUUUUACUGAUCUGCCAGGAAAGGGGAGAAAACCCAAAAAGUCUUAAGGCUAAGAGCAUGGAAAUUACAAAUAGAAGCCAGACACUAACGUGCACCCAUCUGCCUGUGCCCUCAUCCGAGGUUCUGUCACUGGUGGUGAGCAUAGCACCUCACCCACUUCACACACUUGCCUAAAAGCAUUGCUCCACUUACUUAUUUUAUGUGUAAAAUUGGGUCAUAAGUAGGAAACAACUGGGGUGUAACAGAACUGACCCCUACCUACAAAGAGGCUGUGCAUUUCCUAAUGUCCCUCCGUAUUGGGAGGCCACCUCCCACUUACCCAAAGCCGCGCAGGGCGCCUAGGAAUCAGGAGUUGUUGCCCCCGGGACGCUGUCCUGGGUGGUGGAGUGAGAAUCCCAGGUUCACCCUGUGCACUAGAAGCCCGGGUUCCCUGCGCUGGGGGGUUGCAGACCCAGAGCUGGCCCACCUGCCUCCACCCUCACCCUUCCUGCCGUCCCCGGGGCCAGGCAGGCAUCCGAGGUGGCAGCUGUGCCCCAUAGUUCAGAGACUGCGUCACUGAGAAGCAUCUCUGCCCUCCCUGUGCCUCCCAUCCCUCUGUAUUGUUCUCACGAACUGAACGGGUGCAUAAUAAAAUCUCACUGAAUUCA